AUGCUGCUCAAACUCCCCCUCGACCUAUUCGAAAAAAUCAUUCGACUCGUCAUCUACCCCAUCCGCAAAUGCAUCAAGACACUCCUUAUUCUCCUCCGCACCUGCCGUGCCACUUACGCCCUUGUUAUCCCCCACCUCUACCACACCCUCCCUCUCCAUGUGGACCUCUCAAUGGACGCUGUCCUCCACCCCCUCUUACCUGACUACAAACGUCGAGGCCACGGCCCUUUCCUCUCCUCAUACACCGUUCCCCACACCUGCGUCAAGAAUCUCCUCAUUCUCCCUCAACGCGAGCACCUCAGGGACCGUAACCCCCCAUUCCCGAAUCGCACCCUCUUGAACGUGUUCACGACCCUCACGGCUAUACACACUCUCGUCUAUACGCCCAAGAACUGCGGUACGCGAAGGGUGCACCUUCCAGAGGCCAUAGCUGCGCUCCACCUCAGAUCUCUCACGUGCCGGUACGACAGCCCACUGCUCUCGUCCGAUCUUUCCUCGAAGCGCAACUGGGCCCUCGAGAAGCUAACGCUCUAUAAAGUCGGUGUCGAUCCGACCAUCCUGAAGAGCAUUUUGGAGGCCAGCGCAUGUACACUCCGGGAGUUGUAUUUGACUUACACUGAUGCGACGGUAUCUCAUUCGGGGCUGCCGGAGCUACCUGAGCUCCGUGCCUUGCGGCUGCUACGAUAUGGAAAGGCAGCAAUUGAGGGGUUGCAGGGUACAGUGGCGUUUGAGCAGCUGCAUACACUUCAGCUUGUAUCUCGUGAUGGUGGAGGGGCCGGUAUUGCUAAGGGGCUAGAAAGCGGGGGACUCGGAGGGUUAAGGAAACUGAGUUUAGGCAUGGGAGUGCGGGAGAUGGUGCAGAUUUUGGAGUUAUGUGGCGCGUCACUGAGGGAGGCGCAUUUUGUGCAUAUGGGGGAGAGCGGGACACCGACAGAGUGGAGUGCGGUAAUUGAGGUGUUGGCGAGGAGGUGUAGGGGCUUGAGUGCUGUGAGCCUUGAUGCGGAGGCUAACAUCAAACAGCCUCCGCAGUUUGGGUUCCCGACGGGUGUGGGGGGCUGGGCACGUGAGGAUAUAACGAAGCUGGCUGUGGGGUGCCCGGACAUCCGGGAUCUCAGGUUUGCCAUGGAUCUGAAUAGAUGGAGUUUUGAAAAUUAUUUCAGCAGGCCACACACAACCCCCCCUCCCGCUCUCUUCAGCAAGCUCGAGAAUCUGCACAUUACACUUGCCCACCGCUACAACUUCAACUCAGACAUCUACCUUCCAAUGGAACCUGCAUUUCUAGAUGUCGGCCCCCAACUUCCCGCACAGCUAUGGGCCGUCAUUGAUGAGCUUGGAGGAAGGGAAAAGAUGGAGGAGCAUUGGUCAAUCGCCACAUGGGGGACUCUUGUCGAGUCAAGGAAGGAUGGGAUCGGGAACCCGUUGUUGAGCGAGUUGAGGGAGAAAUUUGUGUUUCCAGUGGUGGGAAAGGGCAAAUGGACGGAGGCGUUUGAACCGGCAUGGUUGGGAGAGGAGAGAUUCAAGACGGGGGUGCUUAUGUAA